GCCGCGUUACGAGUCGGCCAGCAGCCCCGGUCGCGGCAUCUCGCGAAUUUUCGCCGGUGUGUGUUCCUCUCCGGCCGCGUCCCGCAGCCAGUGUCCCGGCGUAUCUCGCGCGAGCGAGACCCCCGAAGUUGUGUUUCCCUUGUGUUCUUCCUGUUACGCGCACAUGCAUACGUCCGCGUCCACGUCCGCGUACAUUCCGGGUGCGAAGUUGUCUCGGGAGCGGCUCGGGAUGACGCGACCCGGCCGACGAGCGCUCCCCGAGCCUGUGCAUCGACAGUGAGAGAGCAGCCAGAGCCUGCAUUUUCGCGGCGCCGAUCGAUUCUUUUCGACAAUUAGCGGUGUGCGGCUUCUCGGUGAAGGGCAUCGACCCCCUGCCCUGCCUCGGCUUCCUUCUUCCGGGACGAUCCCGCCCCUGAGAGACGCCUCGUGCUUCACGUGCGCGGCCAGCCUGCCGGCGAACGCCUCGCUCUCUUUCCUUUCCGGAGAGAGAUGAGGCAGUUUCGGCUUUUCCGCGAGAGGAUAGAGCGAGAGGAUCCUUCGGCGAUGUGGGAUCUCGAUUAUCAGAGGAAAAAAGGAGGACGUAGAAUUCCGUAUCGCCGAAUUUCGCCGAAUUGAAAACUGGGAAUUUGCUAAGGCUCGACUCGCGAAGAUGCGUCUGUUCCUCUUCUCCGAGAAGUCAGCUCGCCGCUCGCACGAUGCGGAAGCAUCUCGCGAGAAAUCGAGACGAAAUAGUUGGAUGCGUGCCUCGCGCGCCUCUAACCACGAGUAACGCUUGAAUGAACGUGACAGGUGUUUUGUCGCGAGUGAAUCUGCGUGUGCCCCGUGAGCUUCGAUCAAUGUGCGACACCCGCCGUCAACAUGUUCACGUGCCUCUGGAAUUUCUUCGACUGGCUCGACCAGCCGGUGACCAGCUCGACGUCCGGAAUGGACAGCAAAAAGGUUGUCCAGGCGGCGCCACUUCCCGUGCCUGUGCAGGUGCGCAGCAAGAACGAUGGCUCGGGGGUGGUGGCGGCGUCGGUGUCGGGCGUUCGCAGACGAAGCGGCUCGCAGGGUUUGCGAUCGCCGGCCGCGAAGAGGCCACUCUCAGCCCCGGUCGCCCUUCAGGGCUGGCUACACAAACAGGGCUCCGAGGGUCUCAUGCUCUGGAAGAAACGGUGGUUCGUCCUCUCCGAGUACUGCCUCUUUUAUUACAAAGGUCCGGAAGAGGAGAAGCUGCUCGGCUCGAUACUGCUGCCGUCGUACCGGGUCACCGUCUGCAAGCCCGAGGACAAGGUUAACAGAAAGUUCGCGUUCAAAGCUGAGCACGCGAACAUGAGGACCUACCACUUCGCGGCGGACAGCCGCGAGAGCAUGAACCAGUGGGUGAACGCGUUGACUCUGGCAACGCUCCUCCAGGACCCCAAUCCCGGCGCCGGCGAGGCAGCAGUGGUGAUCGAGAUCGCCGGCCAGCAAGACGGCGAACGCAGCGCACGUCCGAGCGUCUCGUCGAUCUCCUCGAUUCUAAAUCAGAGCGCGGACGACAGCGACUCCGGUUUCCACGGUUUCCAAUCUCGCGACGAGCCCAGCCACGCUUCCAACAACAACUCCAGCCCGAACAGCGUGAACACCGCCUCGUUCCCGAACCUCAGUGGCAGCAACAAUUCGAACACCAACAACGGGAACAACAAUGUGAACAACAACAGUGGCGCCACGGUGAACGCUGUGAACAAUAAUAUCAACGAGGCUGUUCAGCCUCUGGUGAACGGUUGGAUCCAGCAACAGUCGCAGUACGGGCAGCCUGGAACGUCCCAGCACCAGCAACAACAACAGUAUGGCACGCUGAUGCAGUCUGGACAGCAGAUGCAACAGGUCUAUCCACACCAGGCCAUAAUGCACCAGCACAUGUCCCACCAGAACGCGGUGCAGGCCCAUCAUCAACAGGUACACCAACAGAAGUUCCAGCAGCAGCAACAGCAGCAGCAGCAGCAGCAACAGACCCAAUCGCCAGUAACUGUACAAACGGUUCAACCGAUGCCGAGGAAGUUCGGUCAGCCUAUUUACGCGAACGCUCCGCCGAAACCAAGGCGAUUAACGGACGGUUCGACCGAAUAUUCAACACCAUCGCCGGAUCCUGACUACCGGAAAUCGCCAGUGUCGCCGGACGUUACCGUGACCAGCAAAAGCCCGAUGUCCGACUACGAUAGAAGUAGCAUGAUCUACGGGACGAGGAUGAGUCAGCCGAGCCAGCAGAGCCUCAGGACCGAUAAGUCGGGUUUGACUUAUGGCUACACUCAGGUGCAGACUGAAAGACGCACGCCGGAUACUUAUGGUCGUAGCGCGGCGAAACCUAGGUCUUCUAGAGGCAACGGUGACUACGAGGAAGUUUAUGGGGCCCCGCAGCUUUAUCAGAGACCGGCCGGACCCGUGGGAUACUCGAAGGGAGCUUCACCGGCGCCUAUUCCCAUCCCCCUUUACGCUCAGCAGCAUCAACAGUAUCAGCAGCACCAGCAGCAGAUGCUGUCGCCGGCUGCCACCGCUAAUAUGCCCAUUAUGAGGCAACCCCGUGCUCAACCACCGCCGCGACCUCACAGCGCCGAUUUCUUGGAGUACGAAGCAACGAGAAGGCCUCAGCAACAAAUGCCAACCCACUGCGACGACGCGCUGAGCCAGCAGAGGCGUCCGCAGAGGCCUAAGUCGAGUUUAGACAUAGUAACCCCAUCCGACGCCGUCAGCGACGGAUAUUUCUACUCCGAAGAACGAUACGCGGCCCAGAUGCGGCAGUCGGCGGUUUAUCUACACCAGGCGCCGCAGCACCACCAGCAACAAAGGAACCAAUCGCUUUCACGGGCGACAAUGCCGGCGAAGCUAACGGGAGUCCGCGACAGGGCCGACGAAAGUAGGAUAGCCACGUUGCCGGAGGCUUCGUGCUCCGGGCUGAGACGGGGACAACGCGAGCACGUCCAUCAGCAGCACGUGAUGUCGCAUCAGUCGUUGCAGAGGCACACCGAGGUGAACAGCAGCGAGGCGAAGCUGAGGAGGUCCUUGCGCGAGAAGAGCUACGAGCCGAGUAGCCGGGAGUUGGUGAAUCACGUCGAGGACGGGACGGUGCCGCGAAGAAUUCCACGGGAGUACGAAGGGUGGGGCAGGCCGGCAAGUCACGCGAGUCACACGAGUCACACGAGUCAGGGGACUCACGUGGCUCAGACGUGUCACGCGCCUCGCGCCGCUGCCCGCCGAUGGAACGACCAGCAACAGUUCUGCAGGUCCGCGUCCGCGAGACUUCCGAGGACCCGGCACCCUGCUGCCCUCGACCAGGACGAAGACGACUACGCCGAACGAUCCUCCGAGCAGGACUCGAGAGACGGUGAACGCAAGAUCCAGCAGCGCGAGGAGUCGAUGAAGCGGCUGCUGGAGUGGAAGCAGCGGAUGCUGCAGUCGCCCCUAACCCGGAAACCAUCCGCCUCUGCGACCAGAGGCAGGGCACAGAACGAGUUGUCGAGCUACUACAAGCAACAGGCGCUGCUGGAGCUUGCCGCCCACGAGGCGUCGGUCGCGGAGGGCCGUCACUCGAGGCGCCGGGACGACGGUCACCGUCCUCACGUACGCAGCAAGAGCACCGACGGAAGGCGCACCGUCGCGAACGUUUCUCGGUACAACAGCUACUCCAGCGACGACGAAGAGCUGGGCGAUGUCCAGAGGAAACGCACGCGCAGACCCUCGCAUGCAGGAAGGAGCCCCCGGCAGGUGGGAGACGGUCGUUCAUCGGUGCUCGCGGGCGAAGAGGGCGUGUCGGGGGCGGGCCGACAGACGAUGAGCGCUCCUCGAGGCCCGGCCGACAGGAAACCGAGCCCCUCCCAGUUCCCGAAUCUGGGCGGGAUUCCGCCCGACGCCGGCUACGAGGAGGUCAACUUCCCCUCCGCUCAAAGGGCGGAGCGAUCCUGCCCUACCGAGAGAUCGAGAAAUCCAGGAGGACUAAUGAACAUGGACCAGGAACUCGAGACCUCGUUCGACGACGGAUUGAAGAAGAGACCGUCCGGAAUCUUGAAGACGUCGACUGCCUACGGUACCGACGAGAUCACGAAGAAAACCGUGGUGCCGAACACGGGAUACGCGACCGAGUCUUGGCCCUCGCAGAAGACGGUCCAGUGGAUCACGAAGAGGGAGAGCGGACUGGAAGACUGGGACUCGAACAUCGACGAGAGCAAGGUGAUCAAGGAGUUCUCCUAUCAAUACAUCAGGCCCAGAGAAGGGGCGGAGUCGAGGGAGGCGGAAUGUAGGUGGAUGGAGUCGCGGGAGGCGGAACCACCGGAGCCUAGGAACCUGGUGCAGUGCAGAAUCAGAUCGUUUGAAUUGAGCAUGGAUAGCUCAACGCCGGUAAAGGAAGUGCUGGCCAUGCAGGAGCCACUGAAGGUGUCUCCGUUGCAAACCACGGAAGCAUUUGUAUCGAGGCUAGACUCUGGGAAGAAGCAUCCUUCGAGCAUCCGAAACUUUGCUCUGGGAGAGGCGGAGCCUCCGGAGUCGAAAGGGCGUGGCGUCAGGGACGGCCACGCCAAGCAGGCGUCCACCGACAGCAACAAGUCGGUGAAGGACCUGCUGGCCGACUUUGAGAGGAAGUCUCAGCAGGUUCAGAGGCAGGAGUAUAAUAGGCGGCAGGAGGUGAAGCAUCGGGGAGUGUUCAGCGACUCGGAGGCGUUGCUGUAUGACACCGGCAGCGAUCUCGACCAACGAGACAAGAGCGAGGAAGGGGAGGUGCGUGCCGAGGAGGCGGAGCUCGAGGUGGAUCAGGUAGUACCCGUGGUUGUAGACGAAGACAAGUUUUACUGCGAUGGGGUGAAGAAGAAGGGGGACGCCUCGUUUCGAAGAAAGAAGAGACCCGUAUCGAGGGAAAGCAUCACGUCCCAAGACGAGCGAGCCAGGUCUCCCGAAGACCUGGAGGCGGAGCCGAACUUCAGUUGCAAUAGAUUGAGCGUCACAGAAUCCUUGCUCACCCAUGGUGAUCAGUUUUCUGGAGAGAGUGGUGAGGACAGUUCAGAAAUGAAGCAGGAGGACAUCUGCCCCGAAGAGCAUUAUCUGCCUAUGUCGCCUAGGAAGUCUAUCCUGGACCCCAACUGCGACGAUCGACCGAACCCGAAGAUGAUGGAGAGUCUGUUCGCUAAUCUAGGCCACGAGGAGAGCUCUUACGUAGAAAUGGCGCAAAAUGGCAUCGCUAGGUCACUGUUAGCGCCGAAUGAUGACAAUAGGAAACUGGACUCUGGCGAAUAUUCGACUUUGGACACGCCCCAUUACGAGUUCGUCUGCGUGUCCGACAGCAAAAUGGAGCCGGUCUACAUGGAGGUCAGUCAGUUAUCGGAGAAGGACGAGCAAGAAGGCAGCAAUGUGUCCCUGAAAAAGAGGACGUCUCACGAGGACUCUAUGCACUCAAGAUCAGACCUGCCAGACAUUCUAACCACUCUAAAGACGGAUAGCUCCGAUGCUGACGACGAGUCGUCGAAAGAUUUGGACUCCAUCGAUGCACCUAGGCAUCCUAGAUUCAGCCUGUCCGACACCUUCAGGCCGGCCUCAUACUAUCUGGGUGCCAGUCGAACGAUGAUUGCGGAGCUGCACGAUUCUUCCGACAGCGAGCUGGUGUCUCCGCCUCCAAUCCCCACUUCUCCACCUCCGCUGGAUGAUUUAGAUUCUCUGGACCUGCAGGAGACGAUGGAGAUAAAGAAAAUAUCCUCGCAAGUGAAAAAGGAUAGUGGCUCGAACAGGGACUCCCCUAAGUCAUGGAACAAGCCGAUGGGCCAGGUGGAGACCCAUAGGAGUCCUUCAAGGUUUUCUGACGCCACAAUUAGUUCCACGUUUAGAGACAGUCGAAUAUCCUUGGAGAGCGCGUCAGGUAGCGACUCCGUCGAUUUGAGAACUCCUGAAGAGGAAGCUAGACACAGGCAGCUAAAGACCAGGCCUGUCAGCGAAGUCUGCGAGGUCCUGGACAGCUUGGACGAACUGGAAUCGCUGGGCAGCCGAUUCGAUGGGGCCAGCAUCGACCUGGACCAAUACCUGGAGGAGCUCCAAGCCCGCGACGCCUUCAACGUGGAUCUGUACGCGAAGGAUCUCAGCUACAACAGCAUCUACGGCUUCAACGAGAACAUGAUGGUGGUGGACAAGCUCCAGAAGACUACCUGUCACGACCUCACAAGACAAUCAAACCUAGGCAGCCUCGACCAAUCGUUGCGCUACGACACUAGCAAGAUGGGCUCUGCCAGCAGCCUACCUUCUAUGAGAGUCUGCGACGUCCCGCCCUCCCAUCAACACUCGCAGUCGUUCACAGGGGACGCCCACUACGAGAACAUCACAAGCUUCUCCCCGCUGAGGAUAUCUCCAGCUAUUCGGUCCGAUAAUGAACAAGUCAGAGACAGGUUGCACAGAACUUCCCAGAACAACCUUAUGUCGGCGUCGCACAGCAGGGACUCCAGCUACUCUGUGGGCGUGGCUUCGAUCUCCACCUCCAUGGCCUGCCAGCGACCUGCCAGCGCACAAUCCUCAAGCAUGCACUCGCCCACGGGUGUCAACCUGCUGGCCAACGUCCUGCGAACAGCCAGUCCCUUCUCGGAUCGCUUCCAGAGCCACUCGAGGUCUGCCAGUCAAGACUCCGCUCGUUAUUCCAUGAUCUCGAACCACAGGUCCUCGUCUAGCCAGGACUCCAGCCAUUACCCCGUUUCCGCGGCCACGCCCAAGCCUAACCCCGCCCCCCAGUCCUACCUACCAAGCGAAACGCGUGCUCAAAACGAAUCCGGAGCUCCCUACUACUACUCCGACCUUCAGGCCAGUGCCAGUGCCGCCGACAUAGAGGCUGCCAAGCCGAUAGGCCACACUUCUCGUCUUCCUCAGCUAAAUAAUCAACGCGACGACGCAGCUACUGCCUUGAACAAGCGCAACGACAUCGGACGCAUCGUCAACCCCAUCGCAAGACAGUUGCCUAGGCAGAUCCAGGUGGAGGAUAUCGACGAAGCCCGCCGCAUAGCUGCCGAGCUUCGAAAGACGACCUGCCAGCUGCUGGCGGAGAACAAGGUGGACUUGGUGGACAAGAAGAAUUUCUACGAAGCGGACACCUUGAGGAGGGUGAAGUCGACCGAUCCUCUGCCCGAUAUAUCCUCUCCGGAGAUCAACACCAGAAACCUGUAUCCUCACGGACUCAGAGACAAAUCGAGCGAUCAGAACAAUAGGGAGACUUACGAGCUGGCGCAAAGUUCGCAUAGAAGGUCGAGAUCGCUGGAAGGUCUGCUGGACGACGUUGGCCUGCAGAACCUGGUAGAGCAGAGGAACAGGAGCAACAGGGUAGCGACUGUGCAGCCGACGCAGAUCGAGGAGAGACAGCAGAGCGUCAGCAAUAUAGCCUCCGGUAGCAACUUCAGCGCGGAGGAUCCUUGGGAACAGGAUUCCUUGUGGCGAGAGAGCCUGAGACGCGUGAGCCUGAGGAAUGCCAGGUCCUUGGACAACCUGGACAGCCCGCCCAGACCAACCGCAUCCUCUUCCGACGCUAAAGGCAGGAACAAAGUCACCCGGGGCGCCACCUACGUGAACGAUAGCGUGAUCAGGCGGGAGAUCCUCUCGGAGGAGAGCUGCGAUAGGCCCCGGGUGAAGCGGAGGGCCAACAAGGAGGACGCGGUGGACGACUUGACCUACGAGAGCCUGUCCAUGGAUAGGAUCCACGCCGGCGGCUACGUCUGGGACCCUCAGAACGAGGCCUACAGGAAAGCCAGCGUCGAGGAUGCGAAUCAUUUUUUAGAGGAGGGCAACCUUCCCCCGGGCCGGCCGAGCUCGGGGGCGGGGCCAGCGUCGGGCUCCGCCUCCGGGCCGUUCGAGCUCGACCGCGAGAAGCUACGCCAGUGGGACCUGUUGUCGAGCGCCUGCUUGCUCCAGGAACAGCAGCGCGGCUCGAUGGCGGACUCGGGGCGAGGGUUGCCUGCCACCCCGGCGGCCCAAGAACGACCUGGAGGCGUUCUAGGUCUACGGAACAGCGGUCGCGCGACGACUGGUGGCGACACCAUCGCCGGGAGCAUCCUGCCGGCUGCUGGCACGAUCGCGGAGAAGGCCGCGGCGAUCGACAGCACCGGCAUCACCGAGGCGAUCAAGAGGCAGGAGCUGAUCGAGACCAAGCAGGCUUGUAACAGGGCUACAGCUUCCGGAUCCGGGUCGGUGAUAGGGAGGGACCCGCUCCCGCCGAGGGCAGUCAGCACGUCGCAGCUGGCACAGAAAACACAGUCGCUGUCGCAGGCACAGUCGCUGUCGCAGACGCAGGUACCGGUGCAGGUACAGGCGCAGACACAGGCGCAGACACUGCCGCCGGCACCGACCGGCGUGUCAACCCUUCCUCUGUCGAGGGGCAACGCCUCGCACAGGCAACCCCUUCCGCUCCAUCAGUCCACCCCUCAGUCGGUCAGGCAGUCGGACAACGAUAUAGCCGUCAACUCGCAGAUCCUCAGGGCCGCCAGCAUCGCGGACAUCGGCACCAGCUCGCCCUCCAUGUUGAACAGCAGCGAAGGGAACCUGAAGGACCUGAGGCUAACAUCUCCAGGCGGUCAUUCCACUCAGCGACUGAUCAGCCCGGCUGGACCUCUAAGGGUUGUUUCUUUGAACGACCAUCGAGUCUCCAGCCCUAGCGACAGUGACAUAAGAGUUCAUAGUCCAAUCGAGAGGAAAAUGGUGAGCCCGAUCGGGCGCGAGGUGGACCGCGGCGGAGGCCCAAUGGCUCGGCAAAACCACCGCGGUGCAUGGGAGUGCAACGAGCUGCUGCAUAAAAGGAGCAAUGUGGUCGCCGGGUCCCAUCGAGCGGAGACCUUGAAGCUGACGCAGCCAGGGGCCCAGGGCCUUGUCCGUGUAUCCGCCGGCGAACUCCUCGGCAGGACCCACGAGGAGCUGGUCCUCCUGCUGAUCCAGCUGCGCCGGCAGAACGCCACUAUCUACAAAGCGAUGGAACACUGCCACAUGGAGAUCGAGGCUCAGGCUAGAUUGGCCGAGCUCGAUACCCCCAGACGAUUGGAGAAUCUUCAGAAGCUGGAGGAACUGAAGAAGCACCUGAUGGAUCUCGAGAAGCAGUACGAGAAGGGCAAACCUCUGGUGAACCUGGUCGACAACAUGGUGAAGUUGGGUUCCCUUUACAAUCGCAACACUGCCAACGGGACCAGCAGUGUCACGGGUUCGCGACACGACCUGAUGCACGACAAUUCCAGGGACCAUCGACUGGAGUUCAACCAGAAGGUGCAGGAACAACGAUUAUUGGCCGAGGAGCGACGAGACUGGGACAGACUCAGCCCUGAUCACGGACAAUUACAGGCCAAGGUGCAGCAGCUCUACAAGCUGGAUCGACUGCUCCAGGAAGAAUCCGGAACGCUGCACAGUCUUCAACAGGACAAGGAGAUCCUGGAGAAAGCGCUCGGCGGCCUGCGGCACAAGCUGCAGGGCAGCAGGAGCAACCUGGCAGAAGCAGAGAGAUACCGGAAGCAACAGCUGAUGCUGGAACGAGAGCUCAGCAGAGUGAGGGUGUUGCUAGCGCACAAUUCCAAGAUCUGGAAACCGAUUCCUUCGAUUUUUGAGAAAAACGCUAUACCUUCCGACGUAGGAGGUUACCUGAACUACCAUAAGUUCAGAAACUUAGCUAAUAAGGUAGAGCCGGUAUGCUUCCAGAAACUGGAGGAGACGGUCGCGGAGAAUGCGAGGUUGGAGCAGGACCUGGUGGUGCUCAGGCAGAAGCUUCAGGCUUCGAGGAGGUACGCCGGGAACAUGGCCAGAGACACUUCGGCGACGACUGGUCCUCUCGAAGCCGAAUUGAGGAGAGUUCAGCAGCUGGUGGGCGACUUGCAGCGGCAGAGGAAGGAAUUGAGCGUCCAAGUUAGACAAUUAACGGAGAAAUCGCAUAGUCUGGUGCAGCAGAUUAGACCUCAGCCGCCUUCGGCUCCGCAAGUUCACCAGCCGAAGAAGAGGACGCAGAACUCCUGGCUGGAGACUGAUCUUGACUCGGGGAUUACUUUGGACCAUGGUCUGGACUCUCCGUCGAGUCCUGCCCUGUCAUCUUCGCCGCGAGGCAAGCAGAACGGCGUUCACUAUCCUCAGUUCGCGUCACCGACCCUGAUGAAGGAGUCCUCGCCCACGAAUCGCCAGCAGAAUCAUCAACAGAAUCACCAGCAGAAUCAUCAGCAGAACCACCAGCAGAAUCAUCAGCAGAACCAUCAUCAGAGCCAUCAGCAGAACCAUCAGCAGAAUCAUCACCAGAACAAUCAGCCGUAUUCCCAGUCAAUGCAGAAUCAUCAGCCAUUGCAGAACCAUCAACCGUACCCUCCGAUGCAGCAGAACCACAUCUCGACGCUGUCGCCUCAGCUGCGAGAACAAAUCCAGCAACAUCAGCUGAAACAACAGCUGCUGAAGGAUCAGAUGCAGGGCAAGGGAAGUCUGAUGCAGGUGAACGUCGCGCCGUUGUACGUCAACACGGACACCAGGGGUCAAGAUACCAACAAGCACGAUGAAAAGUUGGCUAACGGCACGUCGAUCUCUGCGCCGGAGUACGUACCUCCGCCGCCUCCACCGCCACCCCUGAACGAGGACACGCUUGCCAAUGAUAAUUAUCGUCUGAACGAGGACAACAAGUUCGCCGGCCUGAUACACAACCGUGAGAAACAAGAGAUCAAGACCGUGCGAAUCGUGAAACGGGAAUCGGAGAGACGGCAACGAGAUCGGGGCGAUAGGACCGGAAACAUUGGAAUCCCAUUAACGAACGGCCUGCAAGCGCCUGGGGGUGCGAAACGGCUGUGCGACGAUGAUCUGGGAGGCUCCCAGAAAUUCGAGAAGGCUCAAUUGGGAAGAGUGGUCGAAGAAUCGCCGAUGAUUCACGCGCAGAGCACGGUCCAGCUGACGGAUUUGGACGACGUGCAGUUCCAAAGGAGCAUGUCGCUGCCGAGAGGCUUCGGUGGACAACGGCAGCAGCAGCCUGAGAUUCAUCAGGGUCCGGUGGUGCCUCCGCCGAGGAGCGACAGCAUGCACGCCCUGAGGAGCAUGCUUGCCCGGCGAAACAAAGUCAGGUUCGAAAGUCAGGACGGCAGCUCGGAUAGCACGCUGUCACCGUACACGGAGAGCCUCGGCUCGAGUUCGCACGUUCCAUUGAGCUCGCCAAAUUACUCGACCAGCCCAUCGUACAGCCCGUGCCAUCAGAAUUACUCGCCGAUGAUCCGGUCAGGCCACCAUCAUCAGCAGCCUAAUCACCAACCGCAGCACCAGCAGCAAUAUUAUCCGCAGUACAGACACUACGAUAGCCCUGUGUCCGGGAAAACCGAGAGCCCAUUGGAUCCGGUUAGCCCCGAGCUACCGAUGAAACCGGAAACGCAAGAGAGACCGUUCGGUUCGACCCUGACCGUGAACACCUCGUGCUCGCCGCAGUUGUCGCCGGUGUUCAAGAGCGAGGCUGCUAAGCAGAUCAUCAAGGAGAUGACCGAGAAAAAGGUCGAGGGCCCUAGGAGGAGGCAGAUCCCGCGAGAAAAAAGACGCCAUUAUACCGUAUCCAGUAGCAAACCCGUCCUCGACUUAGAAGACACGUUCUCGAAGAUGGGAAUGGGAAGAGCGAGGGACGAUUUGGAUAUGGAGCGAGCGCUCAGGCCAAGGAUCAAUGCUCCGGAUGUCGUUAGGUCGACGUUGAGUCACAAAGAACUCAAGUACAAUGAGAGCACCAUCGAUCAGCUACUCGGCACCCCGAAUAAGAUCGUCAUUCCUGAGAGAUAUAUUCCUGAGCAGACCCCAGAGUUAUCAGCCGAGGAGCAGGAGCAGCGUCUGAAGAAGGCUGAGGCUAUCAGAAAAAUGCUGUCGGAAACAACUGUCACUGCAUCGGAUGGAAACGACGACAAUAUUAACGUAGAACAAUCAGACAACCUGAAGAGGAAGGUGGUCGAGGAGAAACGUCAGAGGGAUCACAUCCUGCAGCUGAAUCAGAUCCUGGCGAAGCAAGUGAUGGAGAAAAGUAAAAUGGUGGCGGUAAAAGCCCUGGCCACCCUGCCUCUAAAAACCGAAUCGAGCUUAGACGACGAGGACCUGUCGCCAGUGACGCCAUUGCCAAUCUACCAGCAAAGAGAAAAUUACUAUUCGUAAGGUCGAUCACCCUUCGAGAACUAACAAAAAAAAAAUUAAAAAAAAUAAAGAAAAACAUGAAACAACACCGACAACACACUCGGUUACUAUAAGGGAAAAUCCUCUGAAGCACAAAGAAAAUCAACUAACUGCCAGCCCGGAACAACAGAGAAAAACAACCAUCUUUCCUCCAGUCAUCGACGAUCGACGCGCGGUUCAUCGUUAAACGAGCCGCGUUAAAAUCGUGUUAAUUGUUAAGUCGACUUGAUGAGGCGUUUUUUUAUUUGCGUCGAUAUACUGUACAUAAUCAUCGGUUAAUUAGAACUAAUAACGAAAGAAGAGCUAGGCGUAUUCGGUGUCGAACAGAUGUAGUGGUAUACUGUUCAGAAUAGGUGAAAAUACCGACAGAGGAAUUCGUGCCGUUUUUGUACCAUAGGCUUCUAAUUUCUUCUUCUGUAAUUAGUCGGUAAUUUUGGUAUCGAUUUCGUGAACGAGUAGCUGGAUGGACGUUUUAUUGCCGAUUGGACCGGUCGGUUUUUGUAUAAAUAGUUGAGUUGUAUAAAUAACGUAGAAACGGCACGAGUUCUCUGCCCGGGAUAACGAUAAACGGCACCUCGCCAGUCAAAUAAAGGAGCUUCUCAGUUGUCCUAUACGUGUUCUUUUCUUCUCGAACGAUUUCUGGCCCCCGUUCAGUGCAAGCGUGCCUUGGUUCGAUCGAUUUACUGUUUUCUACUCGGAAUUUCGACAAAUUUUACAACAAUCCGCCUUGCACGAUUAUUGCAGCAUUCGAACUUUCGGAUUUUUUUCAGAGCUUUCAACGAAAACAAACGGACGCUACGGACUGAUGAAUUUUUAUAAUAAAAAUGAAGUAGAAACGUUGUCGAUUCCUCUUGAACGGACGAUAAUUCUUCGUUGUUUGCGAUACUAUUCGAUGCUCCGACAGAUCGAAAACUAUGAGUGCUGCGAAACUCGUGCAGCGCGUUAGAUUUCAACUAAAUUAACCAGCGAAUCUAAAAUUUAUCUAUAAAGUCUAAUAAUGUUUUUAUUUCGACUAGGAUAUGAAAUAUCACGUGAGCGAAUGAAGCACAUAGUGUCAUAGAGUUUCUGGCACCGUGUGAAUGAUCACCACGACAGCGACAGCAAGCUCAUUAAAAUUUGCUGAACGUUGUCGCGAAUCGAGAAUUAUUGUUCUCAGCGCUGCUCUGUCUCGUCCUCGCCUCUCGUUGACAGGAAAUGCUUCCAAGAGACUCUGUCGGUAGCGACGACGAUUGAUUGGGGCGCCGAGGCAGCACAAUGAAGCACUAAGAGAUAACGAAUCGCGAAAUUGUUAACCCUUUGACGGCUAGAACCAUCGUGGAAUUACGGUUUAAACUGCUUCGUCUGCAAUUGUAAAUUCCUACUGUAUCAUUCUCGUAACAAAAGUCGGAACAAUACUGAUGUUUAAUUAGAUUGUCCGGAAGGAUUUCGAAGAGUUUGAAUUGCUUUAUUUUUUCGAAUAUUUUAAUGAGUCGAUGUAAGAUUGAUGUUAGAACGUCCGUCAAAGUGUUAACGUUAUAAUUAGAAUCGGUCUCCUUCGCUCGAAAAGGUAUACUUCGAUUAAUGUUUCGAAAAACGUUCGAUAUGUUGUACAUUUGUUUGAGUUUGGAGCAUUAGCGAUCUAAGACGCGACAGAACCGAAAGCUAGGGUAUAAGGUAACGAUAUAAGGUAGGAUAUAAGGUUGCGUUUACGAUAGGUGCUACGAGCUGCGCAACAUAGCGAGACAUUAACAAAGAUUACUGUGGAACUGCGACCGUCGCGAACGUUGAAACGACUGAGACGGACACGAUGUCGCGGCUGCAGACAUCGAUCAAUGAUUUUCUCAUCUCGAGCCCUUGAGAUCCUUGAACAUUCUUCCUUGAACUAUCCUUAAAAUAAUUAUACGUUAAUUAAGUUGAAACAGCAAAUGAUUUCUUCUGUAACCAUUCGAAUCGUUCAUUUAUGGAACGAAAUAACUUCUCGUAUACUCGAGGAACGUCUCCAAAUCAAAUUCAAUUUUAUUCAAAGCUAUUAGCAAAUAAUUUCCAUGUCCUGUGUCAUCAUACAAAUAAGAUAAAUUGUUGGAAAUAAUUUUUUCACAUGUUAUACAGUUCAUUUUUAUUCUGAAUAAAAUUUGCCCAUGUCUGGUGUCUAAUAAAAUUGAAUUGAAAUAAAUCCCAGUCGAUUUCACUGACUUCCACAAAUUCCUUGCUCGUUUAUUUCGUAUAUUCCAAGAUGAACAGAAAACAUGGUCGUUGAUCAAAACCGCAAGAUCGAUUCCAGUUGAACGCAAUCGAUUGUCGUCGAACACUGUCCAACAACUAGCUAAUUCUCAUAGAUCUUGGAGCGCCCCGAAUUCUACCAAAUGCGCGAGAUUCGUUGGACAGUGUAAUCUAAAGAAUUACAUAUAUGUACAUAUAUACAUACUAUACAUAUAUACAAUACACACGCUUUAGAAUCGUCCUGUAAUAGCGUUCCGCAUUGAUUCCCGCUGCACGACGUAACGUUUAACGUAGCGGUGUGUUUCUUACCUUCUGAAGGUCUCUUCUCCUAGGUAAAGUUCGUUGUUCGUUGUAAAAGCGCAAAGGAAGAAGCAGAGGAAACCGCGUUCGUGUCCUGCGGAACAUGGCCGCUGGGCUCACGAACAAACGUCCUUUGAAUCGAGAAUAAUUCAUUAAAUUCAUUACACAAUCCUUGGCAAAUUAUUUUCCAGCAUAAUUUUGCGAAGAGUACAGUCAAACAGAAGUAAAUAGUUCCAACUUGCUGGGGUCUUUGGUGACCCCAGCAAUGUUUCGUGGACCGAGUUUCGAUGUUGGAACUAAUUCGUCCCCAGCAUUUGAACUUUUUAGGAAUCGAAUUCCAUUCAGACGCAUUCGAAUAAGCUCGUAGACCAAUUCUGAAGGGACGCAAUAAUGGCGCAGAAGAAGAAACAGUAUCAUCUCCCAAUAUCAACCAAAAUAAUUAGCGUUUACCGCGUUCGCCGAACCAGCAUGAAUGUUCCGCAGGAUUCAGACUCGUCGGACAGCAUCGAAGAGUGCCAAAUUACAGCCAGCAGCUCGUUCGCGAGACACGCGGCGACUGUUCUCGUCAAUUACAGAUAAGACAAGAAAAGCGAAGAAAACCCGACAGCACAAAACAGUUUAACCGUAAGGAUUGCAAAACGAAGAAAAAUCGUAGCGGCGUUGUGUCGGCCACGAGAACGGUAUCUCGCUAAUCAUGAUAAUUAAGGGUAGGCCCCCGCGCGCGCGUUUCUAAAUCAAUCGAGAGUUCCAGUCAAUCGAUUUCUCGACGUUAGGGAUAAUUUUUUACAAGACGAUCGACGACCGAUCCUCGCGGUCGGAUGAGAAAUCGUCGCGAGGCGGACGAAGGAUCCGAUUCGUUCGCGCGCCCCGUUUUUCACCGUUUCCGUCGCGAAUUCAACGAGAAACAGAGAAAGAGAGUGUGAGAGAGAAAGAGAGAGAGAGAGAGAGAGAGAGAGUCAAUGCUCGAGAAACGACGCUGAUUACUAUCAGGUGUUUAAUGCGGCGAGAACCCCCCUGCGACCCCCUAAAGUGGCCCACGGUGCCUGAGAAAUCGGCGAGAGGGUUGGUUUCCGCGUCGAAACAUUCUUACCGUAAGAGAAACUAACACUGUGGAAACAGGAACUGUUAUUGUUACACGAAUAAAAUAAAAUCCAUAUUACACGAA